UAGCAAUUUUGCACCGUUUAAUCUCGCAUGAUAAGUGGUUUGUAAGUGUUUUAUAUGGUAUAGAUCACCCUAAUGGUGGCGAUCAUAUUUGACUUGCAAAUUGCGAAACAAUGGUAGAAGCUCAUGAGAUAGAAUAGCCUUGACUCUCGCCUAAACGGGACAACGCUGGAUUCUAAUCUUGAUCGAAUAAAAGGUUGCUAGAAUGUUUAACAUUUUAGAUGAGCUGACAACUCUAUUCAAUGGAUGGUAGCUUAGACUCUCGCCUAAACGGGACACUGAUAUCAGUUUGUUGAAAACCUUGGAAAUUAUUUAGGAUUGAAUUUUUUUUAAGUAUUUUCUCAUAUCAUUCCUACUUGCUAUGUGCUUAUAAUUUCUGAAUUGAUUUUGUGUUAAACCAUUAUUAAUUUCUAUUUGUUGAUUUCUAUUAUUUUGUAGUAUCCUGUAUUGUCAAAAUGAAUCCCAUGUUAUCACUGUUGACUGAAAAUAAGCUGAAUGGAUCUAACUUUAAUAAAUGGAAUGAGAACAUUAAUAUUGCUCUCAUAGGAGAAAGUGCCUUGUUUGUUUUAACUGAGCCGUCACCUGAAGUGCCUAGGGACAAUGCAUCCAAAGCUGUGAAAGAAAAGUAUGAGCGUUGGCAGAAAGCAAAUGACAAAGCUCUAUACUUUAUGCUUUCUAGCAUGGUUGACACCCUCAAAACUCGGUUUUCUAAAACUGAGAAGGCUGCUGAAGUUAUGACGAAGUUAAAUGAGCUAUUCGGUAAGGCAUCACUUCAGUCACGCUUUGACGCGACUAAGAAGUACAUUAAUGCACGGAUGGAACCUCAUCAAAACGUGCGUGACCAUGUUCUCCUCAUGUCUAGUUAUUUCCAAGAAGCCCAGGAUCAUGGUGCUGAAAUGGACAGUGCUACUCAAGUUAGUCUUAUCUUGAAUAGCCUGACUCCAGCAUUUCUACCAUAUACAUCAAAUUAUGUCAUGAAUAAGAAGGAAAUUGACUUUCAUGAAUUAGUCAACGACCUUCAAACUUAUGAAAAUUUGAUUGGAGGACCCAAGAAGAAAGGG